AUGGAGGAGAGGUGCGCCCUGGCCACGGAGCUGGCGCAGGUGCUCGACACGGUGAGGCAGCUGGAGGCGCACAUGGGCGUGAAGGGCGGCGCUGACGGAGGGGAGACGUGCCGGACGCUAGUGUCGAGCAUGCGCUCCUCCGUCGACAGGUCCAUCCACAUCGCCAUGUCGUCGUGCUGCGUGGUCCUCGGAGCGCCGGAGUCGCCGCCGUCUGCCGGCGGGAGCCCCCGCAGCGGCGGCUCUGACCAGGCUGCCGACUCCCCUUGCCGCGGCGCUCAUGCAGCUGGGCAGUCCAAGAAGAGGAAAACACAGCCCAAGUGGAGCACGCAGGUGAGGGUGAACUCCGUGGAGGACGUCGGCCCCCUCGACGACGGCAUCAGCUGGAGGAAGUACGGUCAGAAGGACAUCCUCGGAGCCAAGUACCCAAGGGCCUACUUCCGGUGCACCCACCGGCACACGCAGGGCUGCUACGCCAGCAAGCAGGUGCAACGUGCUCACGGCGACCCGCUGCUCUUCGACGUCGUGUACCACGGGAACCACACGUGCGCGCAGGGCAAGCACUACAACAGCCAGAGGCCACAGCCCGUAGCAAGCGGAGAGCACCGGCAGCCGCAGCCGGCAGGCGGACAGGAGCGGAUCUCCGUGGGACUGAAGACCCAGGGCUGCGCGCCGGGCGUGGCGGCUCCGUUCUCGUUCCCCUCCAAACAAGCAGGCGCCGACACGGGCAGCGACUUCCAGGCCGGCUGUGCCACCACUGCAGCCCCUUUCAUGUCGCCGGCGACGUCAGAGUGCAAGGCCUCCACGACGGAAUCCCCGAUGGGGGACAUGGAGUUCAUGCUCCAGCUGGCCGACGCCGAUUUCCUCGAUAACUCGCGCUAUCUCUAA